AUCCACACAUCCUUCCUUGUGAUGGUAUAUCUCAUGUUAUCAUAAUACGCCGAUAGCUUGGGUAUAGUUUGGGUUGGUAGCGAAUGCUAUAAAGAGCGGGAACGUGGACGCGAACUAUCCAGAUUUACUUCCAAGCUGUUCUCGAUAACUUUUGCCAACUCAAGGCAUACACACUCGCUUUUUUCGCCUGCCAUCGCCUGACGCUUAUAAUGCGUUCCUCUACUGGCUUGGCCUUUGUAGGCCUAAGCUCCGCCGUCGUUAACGGCCUCGCUCAGCAGCCAGAAACACAGACAGUUACGGCUACAGUGACGGUCUGUGGCAACAAUUGCGCAUCGACUGUGACAGUUUACGCCGGUUGUUCUACUGGACAGUCCACGAUAGUCCCUGGAUAUUCAACCUCGUCACUCGGAACAUCGUCUACGCCUCCUUUUGGAUCGUCUGCUUCAACUCGCUCCUCUCUCGCGUCCUCGAGUGAAACAGACACUAUUGUGUAUUUAACGUCGAGUUCCACUAUCACUAUCAGCGAGACCUUGACUGUAUCAAGUGUUCCCUAUAGCUCUUCAACAUUGGCAUACAAUUUGACUACCUCUGGAACAACCUAUACUCCUUCAUCAAGCACUGGAACGAUUAUAAGCUCGACCGUGGACACUUCUCUUUCAGUCUCGACCAGUACGUGCACUGAGGAGUCUUCAACCAGAACUAAUUCAUCCACUGGAUACACUUUGACUUCUACUCACCCGCUCCAAUCCAGUACUUUGCCUACGCAAUCAUAUACUAGCACUUCCACUAUCACUAUCUCUCCCCCGGAGAGCACGCCAAGUAGUUUAACGUACGCCAGUUCUAGUACAGACGCAUAUGGUACAACUACUUCGAACCAGAGCUAUACCAUUCCUAGUUUAUCUCGAACUAGCUCGUCCAUUAUCUAUUCAAACACUACUGCUAGCACUCGAACUUUGUCGAACACUUACUCGGUUUCCUCAAAUUCAGCCAGCACUGAGACAACAGUCUCCACACCUAGCAGUUCGCACGGUACAACGGGAACAGAGAGUCUUCCAAGCUGGAGCACCACCAUCACUGUAGACGUGUCAAGCACAUGGCCAACUUCCGGGACCAUCCAAUUCAGCACCGCGAGUUCUAGCUAUAGAUCAGCCUCAUCGUCGACGUAUGGUGCUUCCACCUUAACCUCGACAGUAACAGCAUCUAUCCCUUCGACUCUUGGCAGCUCCGGAACUUCUCCGGCCACCGGUUCUUCAUACGUCUCAUCUAGUACGUCCAGCAACGGAUACAACCUGCCAUCUAGCUCGGGGAGCGCCAACACCUCAAGCACGCAUUCCCAAAGCUAUUCAGGAUCAUCCUUUAGCACGUCUUCCCCUACGGUUAUCACAAUCUGGACUGCCACUUCAUCCAGCACGGUAUACACGGCAACAUCAUCAAGCACGUCCGCUUCUACUAGCUGCUCCCAUCCCCCAGGCGGCUACGACUACGGCUGCGAUAGCGAAUCCACGCCGUCAUCGACAUCGACUUACAGCACUAGCAGCGUCAGCAACGGCACUAUCUCAACCAGCACUCACAAACCCAGCCUAACACCCAUUACCUGGUCCGACCACUUCACUAGCACAUCCAUCGUAACCGUCAGCGGGCCCUUCGUCCAUUCCACCGGAGGCACGGACGCCGUAACCGGCAGCGGCACGUCGUCUUCAGCGGGCGGGUACCCGACGCUGUCACCCCCGGGCUCGACCGGAACAGGCAGCUCGUCGUCUAAGACAUACCCUACUGCUUCCACUUACGCCAGCACCAGCACCCUAACACUCGCACCCCCGGUGUCGACUUCAGCCUCUACAUCUACUUACAGCACAGGUGGUUCCGACGCCGUGACCGCGUCAACAUCGUCUAGAUCUUCACCAUCCUCAGUAUCGUCUUCGUCGCCGCCGGUGACGACGACGUGUAUAUCCGGGGGCUACGGCGGGUCGUCUUUCUGCUACACGAUCGAGCCAUCGAUCGCGAUCCCGACGAGCGCCGCGUCGUCUGUUGACGCGGUGACGGCGUCCUCGGGGAUUACUUCGUCUACGCCGACUACGCUGGUUACUUACCCGCAAUCUACGGGCGGUAACGAAUACCCUACUGCGAAGCCCGCUGAGCAUCACGACACUAAACACUUUAGGGGUAAGUAUGGCGACGACCACAGUGCCGACUGGACGUGGUGGGGUGGUCAUGGGAUGCAGCGGCGAGAGGCUGAGGGCGAGAGUGAAGGCGAGGCCAAGGCUGUGCAGCGUUUCCGCCGGAGCUGGAGAAUGGUCUAGCUGUUUACCUUUACCUCCCUUCGACACGAAGACUAAUCGCAGAGAAGGGAGGAUAGAAGGGGAGGUUCGUACAAAAGGGAGGGGGUUGGAUGUAUACUUCGCUUCUUGUCACUCAUUCAUUCCAUUUACUUGAAGUAUUUGCUUUUUUUCUUCAGUGGAGAUAUGCGGCGCGUCUACGUCGCGAUGAUGGGAAAGGGAUCUGAUAGAGAUGAAUCUCGAGAUAUGUAAUGUUCGUGUUACGAAAUCUAUUGGC